UUCCCCACUUCUAAAGAGGAGGGGCUAUGCUGCCCAGUUUCUUGUUCCUCUCCAAGCACAUUAGCACUUCGCUGGUGUCCCUGCGCAGUGCGUGCCUCUGCUUCACGCUCCCGCCGCGCUGCCUCCCUGGGCGCCCUUGGGGCCACCAGCCUGCCGCCCUCAGCCGACCACUGGCCGCAGUCACCUACUGUCGGGGUCCAGCAGGGCCCUCCUGCGCCCCCUCUCGUGUGCGCCAGAACUUUUACGCUGACUCUGAGGCCGCCAUCAACCGCCAGAUCAACCUCGAGCUCUAUGCAUCCUACGUGUACUUGUCCAUGGCCUAUUACUUCUCUCGAGAUGACGUGGCCUUGCACAACUUCGCCAGAUAUUUCCUUCGACAGUCCCGGGAGGAGACCGAGCAUGCAGAGAAGCUGAUGAGGCUGCAGAACCAGCGGGGAGGGCAGAUCUGUCUGCAGGACAUCAAGAAACCGGACCAGGACAACUGGAACAGCGGGCUGAAUGCCAUGGAGUGUGCUCUACUCUUGGAAAAGAAUGUGAACCAGUCGUUGUUGGAAUUGCACACUCUGGCCUCAGACAAAGGUGAUCCCCAUUUGUGCGAUUUUCUGGAAACCCACUACCUGAAUGAGCAGGUGAAGUCUAUCAAAGAACUGGGUGACCACGUGCACAACUUGAUUAAAAUGGGGGCCCCAGAUUCUGGUCUAGCAGAGUACCUUUUUGACAAACAUACCCUUGGAAAUGAAAACAAUCAGCACUAA